UCAGGGGCCAUACUUCCCAUUUUCACUUUUGAUAUUUUAUAUAUAUUAUAUAAAUUUUUUGAGUUUUUAGCUUUGUUGGCCUCAUUAUAAAAUUAAUUUUGAUUUUUUUAGUCUUCAAAUCAAGCUAGGAUUUUUUUUUUUUUUUGGGGGGAUUUUUUUUAUGUGGAUCUUAAUUAAUUUUUCUUUGCUUUUAUUUUCAACAACUAUUCCUCUUGAUCUUCCUCUUCACCAAAAACGCAGUUUCCUUGCAAAAAGUUUGUAGCUCUGAUGGAAACAAUUACAGGGCUUCCAUUUAUGUUUCUGAUUCUCUGCCUUGUGACAAGAGAAUUUCUUCUCAACAGUGACGCUCAAUUAACGAACUGCAUGGAUUCAGACCGAGAAGCUCUUGUUGACUUCAAGAAUGGUCUCCAUGAUCCUGAGAACCGGCUUUCUUCAUGGAAGGGAAGCAAGUGUUGUCAAUGGUGGGGAAUAAGCUGUGAGACCACUUCUGGAGCAGUUAUUGCAGUUGAUCUCCAUAACCCAUAUCCAAAUAAUUAUGAUGAAUCUACAGGUACGUCUGGAUUCUGGAACCUUAGUGGGGAAAUUAGACCUUCAGUGAUGAAACUCAAGUAGUUUCAACACAUUUGAUGGCAACACAAUUCCUCAAUUUUUUGGAUCUUUGAAAAAUUUGCAGUAUCUGAACCUCUCUAAUAGUGGGUUUAGGGGUCCCAUCCCAGAUUCUUUUGGAAUAUUACAGCAAAAUCUUACCCAUCUGAAACUAAAUGACAAUGCACUAAACGGGACUCUCCCAGAAAGUUUGGGACAACUUUCCGAGUUGUCUACAUUUUAUGUUUCUUCCAAUAAAUUGACAGGUGUAGUUACUGAAGCACAUUUUUUAAAGCUAAAAAAGCUAAGUUAUUUAGAUCUGUCUUCAAACUCUUUCAAAUUGAAUGUCAAUUCCAAUUGGGUUCCCCCAUUUCAAAUCUCUUCUCUUUCAAUGAGAGCCUGCCAUUUGGGUCCUUCAUUUCCUGCUUGGCUCAAGUCACAAAAGCAAGUAAUGUCUUUGGAUUUCUCAAAUGCUAGCCUUUCUGGCUCCAUACCUAACUGGUUUUGGGAAUUUUCUUAUCCCUUAUUACGGUUGAAUCUUUCUUUCAAUCAACUAGCAGGUCAACUACCAAGUCGACUAGAGUUUAGUGCACUUGGCUUUCCAAGUCAAGUCAUUCAUUUAACGGGUGCAGUAGUUGAUUUCAGCUCAAAUAACUUCAGUGGGUCUAUUCCUAAACCACGUGGCAUUAACAUACUCGAUCUAUCCAAAAAUAAACUUUCUGGUAAUAUUCCAAAUAAUAUAAGCCAGUCCUUGGUUUUCCUUUCUAUUGCUUACAACCAGAUAAAUGGAGAAAUCCCCGCUUCAAUAUGUAACAUUGGUCCUUAUCUUAAAGCCAUUGAUCUUUCCAAUAACAACUUAACUGGAAGUAUUCCAUCAAGUAUUGGAAAUUGUUCUGAUCUCUCUGUACUAGACAUUAGUAAUAACAACUUGUCUGGAGCCAUUCCUACCUUCUUGGGUCAAUUAGGUGGGCUUCAAACAUUGCACCUGCAUGGCAACAAGCUCUACGGACGGCUCCCAUCAUCUUUCCAAAACUUAUCUAGUUUGGAAACACUAAAUCUUGGAAACAACAGAUUAAGUGGUGUAAUUCCACCAUGGAUUGGGAAAGGAUUUGAAAGGCUAAGAAUUCUUAGCUUGAGGUCUAAUUCAUUUUCAGGAGAACUUCCAGCUCUGCUAUCAAACUUAAGCUCACUACAGAUCCUGGACCUAGCAGAAAAUCAGUUGGUAGGCAGUAUUCCGCCUAGCUUUGGACAUUUCAAAGGUAUGCACAUGUCACAAGCCCAAAUGAUUAACCAUUAUCUAUUGUAUAGGCCUUCCCGUAGUGGCAUUUACAUACUCGGAGGGGGAAACUACGAGAUUGUUGGCAGCUACUAUGAAAGCUUUGUUGUAAAUAUGAAAGGCCAGCCUCUAAGAUAUACGAAGACCCUUUCUCUUGUAACGGCACUAGACCUCUCAGGAAAUAAUUUGAGCGGAGAUCUUCCUAUAGAGAUAACAAAUUUGUUGGGGUUGCUUGUUCUCGACUUGUCAAGCAACCAAAUUACUGGUCAUAUUCCCGAAAGCAUUUCAAAGUUGAAGGAGUUGCUUUCUCUUGAUCUCUCCAGUAAUAGGUUCUCCGGUGCGAUUCCUCAAAGCUUGGGGUCACUCUCAUCCCUGGGGUAUCUGAAUCUGUCAAACAAUGAAUUGUCUGGUCCUAUUCCUGAUAAAGAUCAGAUGCUCACCUUCAAUGCAUCCUCUUUUGCUGGAAAUGUUGGCCUUUGUGGUCGUCAACUUGCUGUAAAAUGUCCAGGUAGUGAUAAAAAUGGGAAACCAGAUAAGGGACGGACAACUCCCAAGGAUGCUGGUAAUGGUGACAGCUUCAUUAAUAAGUGGUUUUACUUGAGCAUUGGAUUGGGAUUUGCAGCUGGAAUUCUUGUUCCGUAUUUGAUAAUGACGAUGAGAAAAUCUUGGAGCAUAGCCUACUUUGAUGUUGUUGAUAAAGUUGUAGAUAGAAUACUAUAUUUGUGGUUGAAAUAUAGAACCACAAAGCAGAGGACAGGAAGGCAUCAGCAAAGAAGAUAAAGAAAAAUGCUUUUUCUGUUUGUGAUUACUUCCUGUUGGGGAAGGUGAGAAGCUUCACCAUAUAUUCAAGGAGAAAGCAAAGAGGUUUUCAAUGUCAGCUUAAUUUCUUUGGAAGUGAAUUUCAGGGACACCGUUGAAAGCAUGAAGAAGGGUUUCCUCAUAGAUUAUCUAAUUACAAAUAGUACAUUUCUUUUUUCUGUUUCACUAUCCCAACCUUCUGUAAUUUGUGAUGGUUUUAAAAGCUGUGUUCAGAUCAAUAUUAUAGUAAAUGUCAAUUUUCUACUAGUUUUCAGCUUUAUGAAAUAUGUGAAAUUUCUGGUUAAGUGCUGUGAGGCAUAUUAGCUUGCAUAUUAACAUGCAUAUUCUUGGCUUCCUCACUGUGUCAAUUUCACACAUUUGAGGUUGUUGCACCAAGUUUACAGGGAGGGGGGAGCAUAACUUCCUUGCUUUCUUGACAUUCUUGCUUUAAACGUGCCACCCCCACCCCCCUUCCUCCCAAAAAAAGGGAAAAUAAAAGGAAAAAGGAAAAAUCAAUUACCAAAACAAAAAACAAAAACAGAACAUGCCUCUGUUUCUCCUUGUAACUGCAAAAUAGCUUUCGGGUUCUAAAAACAACAUUAAUUAGUUAUGCACAUAAACGAAAAUGUAAUUAGAAACUAUACUAAGCAAAACCGUUUGUCAAGUCAAGUAAUAAGCAGAGCCUUUUGUCAUGUCUGGUUUUCCAUUAUU